AUGAGCACAAUCGGUGCCAAUGGUGGCCAGGCGUCGCGGCUCAGACCGUACUUGACGACCGCCCAGCUCAUUUCCCUUGCGGCUUUUGCAUCUCCAAUCAUUUCUCUUCUCUUUAUUCUCUUCCGCCUGAGGGCAUCGAGCGAUACUGCGCAGCACUCUAUUGAUGAAGCUAAGAAUUCCCUCCAAGCCAGCUGUCUCGCCGCAGAGCGAGCAGCAUCUGUUGGUGCCUCUCUUCCUCGCUAUCUUGCUCAGGGUGUCAACGAGCAAAUCACGGACGGCGUACGCGCCACCAUGGAAGGUGUUCGCAUCGGCCUCACCCUCAGCUUGACUGCUACAGAGGCGAUCAUCGAGUUCAUCAUUGACAUGUACCGCUCUACUUUCCUUUGCCUGCUGGAACUUGUGAUCAGAGGUGGAUUAUCGGUGGUUAUUGCUUCGGUUCAGGAAAUCACAAGCUUUAUCAAUACUACCCUUUCCUCCAUUACGUCGGGGAUCGCCAACGAUAUUCAGUCUGCCAAUAACGUCAUUCAAUCGGCUGUAAACGCCAUCAAGAACAUACCUUUUGUCGGAAGCAACAUCAACGUUCCUCAAUUCAGCAUUCCGAGCGCAGCGCAGCUCUCAAACAUUCAGAUUCCGACGACAUUCGAGGACCAGCUCAAGUCGUUGAACAGCACACUUCCUACUCUCGAUCAACUUCGGGACAAGCUUGACGCUGUCAUCGCCAUUCCCUUUGAGCUCGUCAAGAAGGAGAUCAACGAUACUUUUGCGGCAUCCCAGGCGUCCUUUAUUGCGACACCCCUCCCAGUGCCCAAAGAAGCCACCGUCUCUUUCUGCGGAGACACGAUCAGCACGUCCUUUGACGACCUUGCAAAGACGCUCAUCCGCGUCGCGCAGAUUGGUAUCGCAGUCGUCAUCGGAUGCAUGGUACUUCUCUUCAUAGCCUAUGCAUUUGUUACAUGGUGGUCACAGAGGAGCCUUCGCCAGAACAUCGAGCGUAUCAAAUCGCUCUGGUUCGGCGAAGGAAACGCAACCACGGAUCGUCUCCUUGCGUUUGAUGCAUUAAUCUCCCAUCCCAUCUGGAGUAGGAUCGUACAGCUUCUGGCCGAAAGGUUUCAUCUUUCCCAGGAAAAGUACGACGCUUUGACCUGGUUCGGCCUCUACGUUUUCCAUCCGGCUCCAAUGGCCUGUCUCCUCAUCGGCAUCUUUGGUCUCAUUUCCGUCCAAAUUCAGCUCGCCAUCAUCCCCAUCAUGACCCGUGGAUUCUCAAAUCAAGCGUCGAACGACAUCAGCGAUCUCUCUACCAGGAUUGCCACCAAGUUGAACGAGACUAUGUGGCAAGACUCUGUCACCUAUGCACGCGCUCUCAAUACACAGAUUGGCAGCGUUCAGGACACGAUCAACAAUGACGUCUUUGGAUGGGUCAACGCAACCAUCGUCCCACUAAACAAUACCAUUGCGACCUUCUACUCGGAAGUUCAGGAUGCGGUCAAGACCGUCUUUGGAAAUACUCCUCUCGACGCGCCGGCACAGGAAUUCAUCCGCUGCAUCAUUGGAAGCAAAGUCACUGGUAUUGAAAACGCCUUGACGUUCUUGCAAAAGAACUUGCAUGUCGACUUGCCAAGAGUUGACGAGGGUGCAUUGGUUCUCAGUCAAUCCGGAGUCAACGAGGUGGCUACUCCUAUCUCGGCGGCCGCUGUUGGUUCCAGCGAUAAUGGCCAGGAUGGAGGGUUUAUUGGAAAGAUUAUUGCGCAAUACACCAAGGCUUUGGAGAAGGAGCGGAUCACGUUCUUCAUCUUCCUCCUACUCUGGGCAUUGGUCGUGGUGGUCGCACUCUUGAUCAUUGCUUGGCACUUUUGGAUCCUACCGGCUAUUCACAAGCGUGGGUUGCGAGAACCUCGAUGGCUUGCGGGUCCUCGUUGGGAAGACUCUAUGACGUUUGUACCUGAUCACGAGAGGCAAACCUCGAUGGAGAAGGCGGAUCUAUACAACCACGGGCCAGCCGUCGUAGCAAUACCAUCACCACUUCGCAAGAACCAUUCCGUCGCUUCUACCUCGACCAAGACGAGCUCCCAAGGCGAUCAUGUUCGUCAGCGACGAGCUGCGGAUGCACAGGAAAAGGGUGACCUCGAGUCAUUCCUCGACACGCAUCCCAAGGAGGACGAGCAGGGAACGUUCUUUGGUCGACUCAAGAGGUUCACCACUGUCGGUCGCAGUACCCACAUGGCCAAGAAGAAUUCCAACGACGGCAUUAUUCCAGUUGCGAACCAAAACGUGCCACGAACCCGUCCAUCGAACCCACGGACGCACGCUGGUACUCAAUGGUUUGAGCGCCUUACUAUCUGGAGGGGAGGAUCUUCAGAUGCGGAACCGAGCGUUGUGGAACCGCGAAAAGAACCUUCUCGACGACGUGCGCCCAGCAACCCUGGCUUGACAGUGGAUGUGUCGAAAGCGUCUGCACAGUUCAUCACCCCAAGGAUCAUCCUGGAGCAUGACGAUCGCCCGUCGGAACCUGUCGUCGUUCCGACCCCACGACGACCAAGUGUACCGUCUCGCCAAGGAUCAGGAGACUCUAACGGGAGUAGGCGACCCGGCGAUUAUCUCUCUGUGCCAAAACCAGGUCCACAUCGUCCACCAAAGCCUCCGGCAUGGCUCGAAGCUGAGCGUGCUAAGAAGGCUCUCCCAGUCCUGCCAGACGAGCGGCCACGGCACUAUGGACCCGAAUCUGGCAAAGAUCGGCAGCGUCAGAACUCUGGCUCGGAUAGCGAUGCAAGCCGUGGACCGCGUCGACCACCUGGACUUGGCUCUGACAAUGAACGCUCCCGUCGCCCAACGUAUCCCAAGCCUGCAGUCCUGUACGAGCCACGCGGACGCCCUUCGCAGUCAAGCCGAUCUCGCCACUCUCGGAACUCAUCGGUCCCACCGCUCUCGGAGCGCACACGUACUGACCCGAAGCGCCAGCAACAGCGUAACCGAGUGCUCUCGAGGCCCUCCUCAUUUGAUGCUGCAGACCCCUUUGCAACACCCGUGAAGAGGACGAUGGAGCUCCCGGCGCCCCUCGAGCCUGUCAAGAAGAAUUCUCUCCCAACCGAGUCGAGUGCCUUUGCCAACCCCUUUUCCACGCCAUUUGACGAUUCGAAUGCGGUUUCAUCCAAAGCUGCAAACACGGAGCUUCGCAGUAAUGCCACUUACAACUUUUCUUUCCCAACUCGUAGGCUGAACGGUGCGAUCUAG